AUGUGCGUUGUCGACUUGGUGGUCAUUACUGCUGUGAUCAUCACAAGUCUGUACUGUGGUGUAAAUCCACAGCUCUGCGGACUACGUUCCAGAGGGGCCAGGCAUCUCGUCUUCCCUGAAGGCAGCACCUUUAUGGUUCGAAUACAAAAUGUGAAGAAGCUGCAGACGGAGAAACCGUACGAGAACCAGCCGCUGUGGCAGCAGGUGAUAGAAGUUGAGGAGCUGUUUUCCCUCCCGAACAACUACAGCUUCAUGUCUCCCCUGCGUCCCAAGCGUCCUUCCAGUUCCUCAUACCAGCCGCACGACAAGGGCAAGUGGAACGCCACAGGUUCCUCAAAUGAAACGCAGCACCGCCCGUGGCGCGACCACACGAACAACUCGUCUCGCUGGAAGAAUUCUGGGGGUGCAGGUUCUGCCAGCCAGUGGCCGCGUGAUCCUGGAUCCAGGGCGACAACGCGUCGGCCUGGUACAGGCGGAACUGUGCAGAAACCGAAUGGAAGUACCAAGCACAACAACAACAAUAACAACAACAACAACGGAACAAGUCACGGCUUGGAUGGACGAGCGUGUAUCCUGCGAGCAAUCUGCGAAGCGCAGGACCUUCCCGGGAUUGCAGCCGACACCAGUUCGGUUGUUGCGGACAUUCUGCGCCUCGUCUUCACGAUUCCAUCGGGGCAGACGCCGGACAUGCGGGAGUAUGAGUCUUUCCCGGAGAACUCCUGCUGGUCAGAUGCAUGUCCGUUCUCCCUGCUGAAACCCAUGGUUGCAGACAAACCCUUCAUGUGA